AAUGGAAUGGACGGGGAACUCCAUGGGAUUUUCCCUUUUAGCUUUGUGGAAACCCCCAAAUGAGAUUAAAUGUGACGUCUGUAUUAAUUGCUUUGCUAAUGACACAUUUAAGAAUCGUGACUGUGGUGAUGAUGACGAUAAGUCUUUUUAGAUUGAACAACUGAAGGAAUGUAGUCGACAUUGUUGAUAGGCGAUAAAACUUACAAGAAAAUUAACGAUAAAACAUGUCUAACUUAAACAACACGUCUCUGAUAAACAACACAACGAAAGGAACAGUAGAAGCUGUAACAGAACUGUGGCUGGUGUAUGGUAUAGACUAUGUGAUUGUAACACUCGCCAUUUUAUUUCACAUGCUUGGUAUUGCUUCGUUGUGGAAAACAAAAACAAGAGAGAUUUCUAAUCAGAGCAUUCUAUUAAUGCAUUUGAGUAUGACGUCAUUUCCAAGUAUCAUUCUUAAUGCAAUUGCUAUAUACCAUAAAGCUCAUCGGAUGUAUUUCCCUGAAGGGUUUAUUGUGUGUUACAACAUUUCACACAUGGCGUACAUACUAAGUUUAAUCUAUUUAGCAUUUGAUCGACUUUUGUUUGUUUUGUUGACACUCAAGUAUCGCAUCUACAUAGUCCGACUUGUCAUUAUUGUUGCUUUGGUGAUAUUAUGGUGUAUCGCUCUUAGUUAUGGUGUUAUGAUGGAAUUUGGAAAGCUAGUUAAUCAUAGCUGGUAUGUGCAGUAUUCGUCGUACAUUUAUAACGGCUUUGUUAUCGUGUUCACGACUGUCGCAUAUUUGUCGAUUAUAUUCAAAGUUAUAGUUUCGUCGAGACUCGUCGCAUCGAGUACAGUGAAUGCGAAAACAAAAAUUCGUAAAUAUGCGGUACCAUUUUGUAUCGUCAUGACAUUUUUUUUGUUUGUUUUUCUGCCGAGUUUGAUAGCGAACGAAGUUUUACCAAUGAUAACAAAGUAUUACAGAAGAACAUUUCUGAUUGGUCUAAUUGGACUCAAUGUUUUGAAUAAUGUUUUCGAUCCCAUUAUUUACAUCUUCCUGCAGCCAAAAAUACGAAAGAAAUUGCGCAGGUAUAUAUCUCACGUAUGUACCCACACAAAGAAAACACUUUCAGAUACAGUGGUCUAUAAAAGAAAGGCAAGGAAAGAGAAAGCUUCCAAUUGUACAUUAGAUGCAUACAGCCACUCAAGUCUGGUUAAUGUUAGAUAUGAACAGAAGUAAGACUUUUCAUAGAUUCGUUUUCUAUGAAGUAUGUAAACAUUGACUCAAACUAUAUUGCGACUUUUAUUUUCUUGGUAUUUUUGGGUUAAAUAUGUUGACAAGAAAAAGAUUUUUUAAAAAAUGGGAAAUUCUUAUGUGUUUUAAAGAACUUUAAAAGUUAUUUUAUUUUUAUAUUUAUGUUAUUUUUAUGUAAAAAUUAAUCUUUAAAAAUUAUUCUUUAUUUUAACCUGUGGAAAGACCUUAAUUAAUGCUGGACAAAUUAUUGCUGCAUUUAUUUUUGCGAUUCACUAAGAAAAUAUUUUAAAUUUUGCGUGAUUUGUAUAUAUUUUUUAGCGGAAUAUAUUUUUGCGAAUCCAAUAUCAAAGAAAUAUUUCGCUAUCGUAUGUUUUGCCAGCAUUCGGUUUUCCGGGCGUUAUAUUUGCGAGUUGGCUCCUGGAAAAGAAAUUAGCAGGAAUUAUUUUUGUAAAUAUUAGCCACACUAGCAAAAUUACGUCUCGAAAGAUAUAAUCCAGCAUUAAUUCAUUUGCAAUUAUUUAUAGGAGAUUGUUUGCUAUUUUAAAAACAUUUGACGGAAUGGCCAGCCCUUGUAAAUCUCUUAGAAUUCACCUGGAAUUUAAAUCUUAAUGUUUAUUGUGUAUGAAGGUUCGGGAAGUAAAAUAUUAAGUUAUUUUCAGUAAGGUUGAGUAGACCGGAAGAGUCCAAUAAUUUUUACUAAUUUUUACAUGGCAAAAAAUUAUGUAUCUUUAUUUAAAGCUUGUAUGUUCGAUUAAACUUUUGACCUGGACGUUAUAAAUCUAACGAUUCUAACUUUUUAAUCUUUACCUUGAAUCUCCUUGAAUGAAAUUCCAUUAGAAAUUCCGUAAUUCUCACCCUCUUAUAAACGCUUAGUGUAUUUGCAAUGUAUUUAUUGAGUGUUCCAGCUAAUUAACCACUCAGGACAACUAGUACAGUUUCUAGAAAUACAAGAAAAGAAAUAUUUUUGUGAUUUGUUAGACUUAGCUACAAAUGUAUUAUUUUAUUUUAUUAAAAGAUGUUGUUUUUGUAUAAAAAUUCGCCAUUUUUUUUUCAAAUCAUCUGUUUGCGUAGAAGCAUCUCUAAAUUUGACCUAAGGUAAUUUUGAUUCGCGUUUCUUCCUCCUUAUUCUUGAUCUAUCUGAUAUACACAAAACAUUGAUUGAGUUCAUUGAUUAACAUUUCUAUCCCUUAGCUACUUUGCUAUAUACUGUAAAAAUUCAUCUAUAGUAACUAAAAAUUGCCAGCAAGUAGAUGUACGCCAAUCAACCAUGACACACGUUUUUUGUUGUUUUAUUUAAUAUCCUACCUAACAAAAUAUGUCUAGUUUUGUCUUUAUAUAUUAAUAUAUUGUGGUAGAUCUGCAUAGCGUCAAAUUGAUGUUGAUGUUGUCCUUUUAAAUAUUUCUUCGUAUGUAUUGCUGUGACAGUCUCGUGAAAGUUUUGUAUUCAUUGAUUUAUCGAGAGUCAGAAUCUAUUUAUAGCUUUA